AUGUAUAUACAAUAUAAUGUUACAAGUGAACCAGAAGUCUCUGACGAGACUGUAGCUCUACUGCCCUACAAUGUUUACGAUUUUCUGAUACCUGUUUUUGUUGUUGAAGCCCUACAAUGUUUACGAUGCUCUGAUACCUUUGAGCCACGACUGUGUAACCGGAUAGAAGUAUGCAACAAAGGAGAGGUAUGUGGGGUACGUCUGUACCGAUCUGAUAAUGGCGAUGUCAGCUACUGGACCGGGUGUAUGUCAUCUCUGGAUUGUACUAAAACUAUAAACAGAACAGUUGUUCACCCUAAGCGUGACGGAUCCUCCCACAUCCCAGGCCAGCUGUUAUGUACAGACUGCUGUGUGGGGGACAUGUGUAACAGCGAGGGAUGUGGGGCAGACGGGUAUCCCAUCUCCAGGGGGCCAUUGUGUUACGACUGUCGUGAUAUCCACGCCCCUGGUGAUUGCCACAAGAUAGUACCAUGUAGUUUAAAUGAGAAAUGCCUAUUAGAGGAGAGAACUGUAUUUGGUCAGCGCUAUUUCACAAGUAGAUGUGAACACGGACAGACGUGCGAUUCACUAGUACACAUACCAUUCGGUAGAAAAAGGGCUACGGCAGUCAAGUGCCACCAGUGCUGUGAUGGAGAUUUGUGCAAUAACAACUGUAACUUGGCUAAUUCCGUUGGUGGCUCCACCACUCCAGGUACAGUGAUGUCAUCAUCAUCAUCAGCCCCCUACACGUCCUACAGCGUGGCCUUCUUCACACAAAACAAUCAAACCGUCACCGGGCCAGGAUCAAGGGAUAUAAUCUUCGACCAGACUGCCAUUAAUAUUGGGGGCGGAUAUGCCAGUAGCACGGGGAUAUUUUUGUGUCCCCAAGCAGGCUUAUAUAUGUUUGCAUGGGGAAUAGUUUCACACGGAAAUGGGGUCGACACCAGUUUGAUGAAAAAUGGGUACCCCGUGGGUGUCGCAGCGAUAACUGAUCCGAAGGCUUCCACGGUUGACGAUUCAAGCACCUCCUUUGCAGUACUUCGUUUGAACAAGAAUGAUAAAAUAAAUGUGCAUCAAUUUUCUGGAAGCAGAACCAUCAGCAGUUUUUUUGCGGGCUGGAAAAUUUACGAUGGGCCACUAGAUAGAAAUAUCGAUGCAUUUACAACUGCUCUGAACCAUUCAAGCUACAGCUCAACAACAGUUCCGUUUAACAGCGUCAUAUUUGAUAACAAGGGAAGUUAUCGUACUGGCAACCAAACGUUUGUUGCAGAUAGUCCCGGUUUAUAUGUUUUUGGUGUUUCGGGACAACAGUCUGGUUCUCAGUACGACGAUCUACAAAUUAAAGUUAAUGCAGCACAAAAACUUAACACCUUUCCCGACUCAGAGAGCGGACAUUCUGAUUCCGGGGCGACUCUGGCUGUCUUAAACCUCAAUUCUCAUGACAAUGUUAAUAUUGGAGGCCGUCAUUAUGUUGGCUACAGGGGAACUACAGCGUUUUCGGGAUAUAAAAUUGCAAACGUCACAACUCCGGCAUUUACAGCGGUGCUCACGUCGGAUAGUACGAGUACUGUUGUCCCAUUCAGUGACGUGUUAUUAGACACCCAUCAUGACUUUAAUCGUUUGACGGGGGUAUUCACGUGCAGUGUUAGUGGAACCUACCUCUUCACGUGGACGGUUGAGACAAACGGGGCUGAACUAGAAACACAGCUGAUAAUUCAGAGAAAAGUGGGUUCUCAGAUAAGUGGUCCAAAAACUUUUGGAGAGGAAACUAAGGGAGAUGAAUACGACAGCAGCACGGGGGUGUUUAUCUACGGUCUAUCCACGGGGGACACUGUUAGUAUAAGACGUGUGCGCGGGAAAGUAGAGGGAAGCUACUCCUCAUUCUCUGGAUGGUUGUUGUUCUAGUUAAUGGUAUUGAGAAGAAAAAUAAAACGAAGAUAUUUAAA